AUGGAGUGUAACCAACCAUGUCCAUAUUCUAAUACUUGUUCUUCUGAUCGUUUGGAUAACCCCCAACAAGAACAAAGAAUUCAUCAGUCACUACCGCCGGUAUUAUCGCUGGCACCAUCAAAGCAAAGAUUAUUAAAGAUGUGUCGAGAGAUAAAGUCGAUAUCAACAUCAAUAAAUCAACUCACUCCUGAUGAACAAAUAGAUAUAGGACAUAUCUUAGUAGAAAUAUUACAAAAUAAGAUAUCCAUGCUUUCAGAGAUAUUGAAUCACAAUCAGCCUAAGAAACUCCCACUAAAUCAACAACCACAGCAAGUAAUACCAUUGAAUCAGCAAGUACAACAAAUAUCUCAACAACUACCACUACAAUAUCAAGCAUCAUCACAAUUAUUAGAACAACAACCAUCACAACAACAACAAGCAUCAUAUAUAGACCAACAAAUACCACAAGUAUAUCGACAAGCACCACAACAACAAGUACCACAAGUGUACCAACAAGCAUUACAACGACAACAACAACAAGUACCACAAUUGUACAUACAAGUACCACGACGACAACAGCAAGUAUCACAAGUAUACCAACAAGUACCUCAACAACAACAAGCAUCCCAAAAACAACAUAUAUCAAUACCAAAGAAAUAUAAAGUGUAUCAACAAUCACAAGUACCGAUACUAAAUCAACAAGUACUGCAAGUACCACAACAACAACAACAGGUAUUUACAAUUACACGAGGGCAACAGCAAGCACCGCCACAACAACAAAUAUUUCAUAUGCACCAGCAAGCUCCACCUCAACAACAAGUGCUAAAGUACACAACAACAAGUACUACAACAAAUGUCACCGAAUACAUCAAGCACCACCACAUCAACAAGUACUACAAGCACACCACAGCAACAGGUACCACAACAACAUCAAGUAUCACGAGUGAAACAGCAAGCCCUCCACCACAACAACAGGUAACAACAAAACAGGUAUUAAAAUUUAUCCGAGUGCAACAGCAAGCACCACCACCAUCAACAAGUACUACAACAGUACCACACAACAAAAGGUGCCACAACAACAACAAAUAUACGAGUGCAAACAGCAGGCACCACACAAAUCCUACAAGUACCACAAAUGAAAACAGCAAAACACAAUACCAAAUACCACUACCAACAAUCAACAGAAAAGCUACAAACCACGCAACAAGUGCUCCAACCUAUACACAAAAUAAGCAACAGCAACAACUAAGAAGAUUACAAAAAACAACUACAAGAUAUUUUCAAGACCAAGUAAUUCAUAGACCAAGAUCAAGUAAUUCAGGAUCAAGUAACUCUGAAACCAAGAAAUUCAGGAUAAGUGAUUCAGAACCAAGAACAGCACAACUUACCAUCAUAUUUGAUCAAACAACAAUUACAACAUAUGCAAACUGA